UCGAAGGUGUAAUCGCAGUCUAUCGAUCCUUAAAAAAAAUGUGUAGUAAUAUUGCACCUUUUUUAUUCAUGGAAUAUUGUAGAACUUUGUAUCGUUAUCUUUUAUUAUUCCUCAAUUCUUAAAAUCUAAGGCCCUAUUUGGAUGCCACAGUAUUUACAGACUACAGUAUUUGAAAACAACAUUAUUCAAAGCAUCAACCUGUAAGAUACCAGUCUUUGAUUACCACAAUUUUUUUUACAGUUAUGAGAAAAGCAAGAUGUGUUUAGAAAACACUGUAUUUGGUAUAGUAUUUCUUAAGCAAAAGUAGUUUGCAUUGUUUCAUAAAGUGCACAGUAGUUGUUAUUAGAAGCACCAACUUUAAAAAUCAAAGAUCGUAUUUUUGUUUAAUACUUCAAGAAAAGCCAUGAUAAAGGCAUGCUCAUGAGUCACGAUCUGUAAGGUACGUACAAUGUGAUGUCUUGUCGGACCUGGCAUUUGGUUCUACUUUUAGCAAUUGUUUUUCACUGGAGCAAAUCAUUUUGACAUCAUUUUCUUUAGAGGAGCAAUUGUACGUAACACAUCAGACAAUAUAGUGAAAAGAAAGCAUGAGGGAUGACAGACAGGAGCUGUACUACGUAAUUUUUUUUAAAAAGGUGUUGGAGAAACUCAAAAAUGCCAUGGUAUUGGGAAAACUACGAUUUUUGAAACUACCAUAUUUGUUCUAGCCAAAUAUAUCUAUCAAACAUGCCCUAAAAUUUGUUAGGUUUAAUUAAGUAAACAUAUUGUCACAAAAAAAAGAAAAUUCAGAGGAAUUCCACAGAAAUCGGGAGAGAAAUAAACUGCUUACUUCCUUCUCGUUGCACUACUUCUGUGAGCCGCCGUAGCCAAACGCAGGCGCAUCCUCUUCCGCCUCCUCCGAUCCAGCCAUGUCGUCGUCCACGCCGCCCGCCCACCAAUCCAAACCCUCCUCCCACCACCACCGCCACCACCACCACAACCACCCCGCCCCAAGGCAGCCGCCGCCGCCGCAUCAGCGCUACGUCCCCAAAUCCGCCGCCCCAAAGCCCUCACCCUCGCUCACCACCGCGCUCCGAUCGUCGGCCGCCUCGUCGUCCUCCGCUUCUGGCGCCUGCGGGAGUAGCACCAGCGCCGGCGUCGGCAGAGGAGGCAGAGGAGGAGCGGCCGAUGGGUUUGUUGCGUACCUGCCGCACGACGAGGCGGUCGCGGCGGGGCUGGGCGGCCUCGACGCCCAGGAGUCGCAGGCCGUCGUCGACCUCCUUAACGACGCGCUCGCCGCGCUCCUCCGCGCGAAGCCCCGCGAGUUUUGGCGCCACGUGGCUCAGAAUACUUCUUUGCAUGACUUCCUGGAUAGUUACCUACAAUUCAGGCACCGGUGGUAUGAUUUGCCACACAGGGGCCCAGAGGGGACAUUAGCCGGUUUGGUUGUUGGGGAGCUUGAGCUUUGCCGUCGUGUCUUUAUGGUCCUCUACCGCAUAUCUUCAAACAAGGAUCCUGGAGCAGGUCGUGGUGAGUCCCUUAGUAUGAAGGAGCAUACAGCCUUUCUGCUGGAGAAAAAAUUGCUUGAUUUGCCAAAAUUGAUGGAUAUAUGUGCUAUCUAUGAGCAUGACAACAGCAAGUUGACAAGUUCACUGGUUACAAAUGCUAUCAAUGUGCAGCCAAAUGUUCUGGAUAGCAUUAAUAUUGUUAUUCCCCAAUUCCUCAACAUUUUCCACACAAUGCAUGAUAGGUGCAUGACAUCAUUACAGGUGCUCACUUCAUCCGAAUCUAGUGCUAAUGGGUAUGACCAGCUUCAGAAAGAUUUCUUGGAGGUGCUAGAUUUUAUAAAUGAUGCGAUUGUCACUAUGGAUUCCUUUAUUGGUGCUUAUCAACCUGCUGCUUUAUUGUUAUGUACUAAUUUUGAAAUGAGCUAUGGGGUUGAGGAAUUACUGAAUACCCUUUCAAGAUUGUACAAUUCAUUGUUACCAUCAUUGCUUCAGGGGUUUAAAGUUAUGUCCAAGUCCCAAAGCAAUGGAGAGGCAUCGUCUGACAGCAUACUUAGCGACAUAGGUCUUGGUAUAAAGAUGUUGUCAAAGAGAACAGUCAGAUUUUGUUGGAGAUUAUUGCACUACUGCUAUUUAAAUGAUCAACUUAGGGAGCAUGAUGCCCAAGUUUCUACUAAGAUGUUUCCAGCUAAAGUUGAAGACCCUAUGAUCAGGGGAGAUAUCUUGGUUCAAACACUCAGGGAUAUGAAUAGAGAAGCCACUUCUCAAGUGAACCGUGGAAAUACAUUCCUCGAAGCUCUUGAAAAUGAAUUUCAGUUAAUGAGCUGUAUAGGCAAUAUCCGGAACAAAGGAUGGAUAUACAUGGAUGAUGAGCACUUCCAGUUCAUAUCACGUUUGUGUGGAUCUACUCACACCUCUUGGAAUAGUGUACCUGAUUUGGCAGUCUCUUCUCAUGGUGGUGAAUUGCAACAGAAGGAUGAGGAAGCGGCAAUAAUUGAAUCCAAGAUAAGUCAGAUAAGGGAUCUUUUUCCUGAUUAUGGGAAGGGUUUCCUUGCUGCUUGCCUGGAAGCCUACAACCUGAACCCCGAGGAAGUUAUCCAAAGGAUAUUAGAAGGCACACUUCAUCAAGACCUUCUAGCUUUGGAUACGUCAUCAGAAGAGAUGCCACAGAAAAAACUUGCACCAACUGCUGUGAAAGAUAAAGGGAAAGGCAUAUUAGUGCAGACUGCACCUCAAAGUACGGAGACGUGUUACAUUGUUGAAGAUGGCCCGUCUUCAGUUUCAUCAGCAUCCCAGGGCCCAUCCUCAUCCGUAUCAUCUGUCCGACAAGGUAGAUUUACAAGGAAGGCUAAUGAUGAUUUGCCUGACACUGCAACUUUGGACUCAAAUGCUAAAAGUGCAGUUAGAUCUGUUAUCCUUGAAUCCCAGUAUGAAUAUGAAGAUGAAUAUGAUGAUUCAUUUGAUGAUCUCGGCUUCAGUGUGGUAGAGUCAAGUUAUGACGAAAUUGAUGGUGCCAAUGACACUGAGGCUUCAUCACAGGGCCCAAGAUGGAACUCACAGAAGAAACCUCAGUUUUUUGUUAAGGACGGGAAGAACUACAGUUAUAAGGUUGCUGGUUCAGUCGCUGCAUCUAGUGCUCGAGAAGCGGCUGUCAUGCGGCAAACUCAAAAAGAUACAAUUUAUGGCCUUGGCCGUGGUGGAAAUGUUCCUAUGGGAGUUCCCAACAGGCACCAUAUAGAUGUGGAGGAAGAGGAGGUUGAUGAUGCAAACAACUUGAGCAGAGGAGGUUCAAAUCCCCGUGGCCGAGGCAGAAGAGGUGGCAGGGGUCGAGGCAACCCUCCAGAAGAAAAUGAGAACCCUAAUGGACAAGGCUUCGGCCGUGGUGGUAGAAGAGGAGGCUGGAAUCAGGGCAACCCGGCAGAAGAAAACGGGAGACCUAAUGGCCAACAAGGUUUUGGCCGUGGUGCAAGACGAGGGGACAGGAGCCAUGACCAUUUAUCAGAGGAUAAUGAAGACCAUGAUCCAGCACAAGGCUUUGCUCGAGGAGGGCUGGCUCGUGGCGGUGGCGGUGGAAGGAGAGGUGGUCGGAACCAUAACAGGAGAGAUCGGGCAAUGAAGAAGCAUAUGCAAGGAAUGACAGGGCUUUAGCUGCUGGCAGCGCUCAACUUUUGAAGGGCGGGAACUGUACAUGGCAUUUUUGGAGGCACUCAUACGAUAGACCAGGGCACCAGGCACCCAACUACUUUCGUACAUGGCAUUUUGAAUCAUAUGAUGCCAUGAAGCACCCCUCCAUAGUUGCUCAUAUAUAUUGUCAAAAAUAGCACAUGAAAUGAGAAAUCCUAAAGUACUUGUGUCGUGCAGUGUUGCGCACUUAUCCUGAUUGUUCAUGUUGCCUUUGAGUUGCCCAAAGGUUUGUAAUUUUGUAUCAGAGACGCUUCAGUGCAGUUCUGUGUGGUCAUCUGCUUUUGAGGAACA